AUGACUUAUUACGGUGAUAAAGCACCCAACCUCGCUGCAUCAGUAAUUGCGUUGGUCGCCAUCGCAUACAUCACCUUCGGUUUGCGAGUUUACACAAGGCUACACAAUGGAGCUUGGGGUCUCGACGAUUGGUCUAUGACCGCAGCAACUCUUCCCUUCACAGCUCUGACAAUAUCGUGUAUUGGUGGCGCAUUCAACGGCGUUGGAGUUCACGAUCGCAGACUCGGUCCAGAUGAGAAAGUUCAAGGGAUGCAGUACUUCUUCUUCUUUGAAGUCUUCUACUGCGCCGCAAUUAUCCCCAUCAAACUUAGCAUCUCCUUCAUGCUCAUCCGUAUCGCCUCGCGGAGAAAAACGUACAUAUACAGCUUGUAUGCCGUGUCCGCCAUGUUCAUCGUCAUGAACCUCAUCGCCUUGCUGUACAUCAUUUUCCAGUGCGCUCCUGUGUCUUACGCUUGGGAUACGUCGACCCCUGGUGGAAAAUGCAACCCCGCGCAGACGCUUGCGGACAUAUACUAUGCAACAACGGCGAUUAACAUCGCUACGGAUUGGUUUUGCGCGCUGUUGCCCAUACCACUACUAUGGAAUGUGCAGCUUAACCGUAAUGCCAAGCUUUCCGUCGGCGUGAUUCUCGGUCUGGGAGCAUUAGCAAGUCUGUCAGCAUGCAUCCGCCUCAUUUACACAGUAAACCUUACCAGCUCGACGAACUAUCUUUACGGUGUCGCAGAUGUGAUUCUCUGGGGUUACGCUGAGAACAGCGUCGGAAUGAUCGUAGGCUGCGUAGCUACACUUCGUCCACUCCUGCAGCGCGUUCUCAAACUUGGAAGCAGCGGCGGCACAAAUCCACAUCAAACGCCCGCAGCAGGCUAUGCGAAACGCCCGAUUUUCAAGAGCCACAUCAAUGGUAGAGACGAAGAAUGGGUCUCACUGGAAGAUAAUCAGAUGGUAAACAUGGUACAUGGACAAGGUAGCUCAGGAAGUGACGAGUACAUACUACCUGUGAAGGGUAGUGGGAUUCAUGUUACCAGCACGGUGGAGCAAAGAUCGAGUUCUGCGAAAGACUAG